AUGGAGGCAGUAGAUAUUGUACCAGUUUUAGAAGCACCAAAGGAGGCAGUAGAUGAAGUGGCAGCAUUAGAAACACCCAAGGAGGUAGUGGAGGAAUGUCCAUCAUCUUACCCACCAGCACCUCCUCCACCAGAUGAGUAUUGGGCUGGUGUUGAGAUACCAGGGCAAUUUGCACCUGAUGAUGAUGAUCAAAUUGGCAUUAAUGAAGAGGGGCAAUACAACAAGUUAUUUGAUCCAGAGCCUUUGGAGCUUGUCGACGAGGCUGAUGAGCAUGACAAUGGUAAUCCAAGAUUUUCCCAUUUUGUACAUGACAAAGAGAACCCUGUGAUUAAGUUGAAGGCUACCUUUCCAAACAAAGAGUCUUUUGUUUUAGCUUUGAGACAUAAUGCAAUAAGGGAGAAGUAUGAAUUUAACACAGAAUAUAGUGAUGGUGAUAGGUUUAGAGGUAAAUGCACUAACAAACUGUGUGAGUGGAGGAUUCAUGCUUCUAGGUUGAAGCCUGAAAGCACUUUUCAGAUAAAGAGGCUACCUUCUGCUCAUAAUUGUGGAUCAGCAAACAAGAAACUAGAAAAAAUGGCAAAUCAAGCUUGGGUUGCAGAGAGAUCAAUGGAUAUAUUGAGGAAAGAUCCUACUCUUGGUGCUAAGAAGCUGCAGGCAGAUUUAGAAGGCAAGUACAACAUCAAGUUGGACUACAGUAUGGUUUGGAAGGGCAGAUCAAGGGCUCUUGCUGAGCUACAAGGAGCCUGGGAGAAUAGUUUUCAGGCAUUGUGGAGUUUCAAGGCAGAGGUGGAAUCCAAGUCCCCUAGCAGUGUAGUAGAAAUAGAGAUGGAAAGGCCUUAUCUAGCAGUGGACUCAACUCAUCUAACAGGAAGGUACACUGGGCAACUGGCUGCAGUAACAGCACUUGAUGGACAUACAUGGAUGUUUCCUGUUGCCUUUGUAAUUCACAAUGAUGCAAAUAAGGGACUAGAGUUAGCAAUACCAAAGGUGUUCAAUACUGGAGUGGAGCAUAGGGAGUGCUUCAAGCAUUUAUUGGCAAACUUCAAGAAAAAGUUCAAGGGUGCUAUUCUGCAAAACACGUGGCCAGCAGCAUGGGCAUAUACAAUGGAUAAGCAUAAUGAGUAUACGGAGUUGGUAGCUAAAGAUAGACCUGAUGCUAUUCAAUAUUUGCAAGAGAAUCACAAACAGCUUUGGUCAAGAUCCAUGUUCUUAGAUUUGAGCAAAGUUGAGUAUGUGAACAAUAACCUGGCUGAAAGCUUUAACAGUUGGAUUAGAAAGAUCAAGGACUACCCAUUAGUUGAGCUUUUAGACACCCUUAGAACAAUGAUAAUGGUCAAGCUUGCUAACAGAUACAAGAUUGCAAUCAAUUUGCAAGGAGAAAUUCUACCACAUGUGAUCAAGGAGCUAAACAAGAAAAGCAAAGGAUUGCACUACACAGUCGAAUUUGCAUCACAAUAUGCUGCUCAAGUAUCAGGGAUGACCAAAGGCAAUAAAGUUUGGAGAGUUGUUGUUAAUUUGCUUGAAGCAACUUGCACUUGCAGGCAAUGGCAAUUGAGUGGCAAACCUUGCAGUCAUACACUUGCAGUCAUCUUCUCCGACCCAAGUUUGAAUCUUGAAGAUUUUGUUUCUGUGUACUACUCAACUAAUUUCUUCAGAGCAACAUACUCAGGUGUUCUCCCACCGAUGACAGACAAGUCAAGUUGGCAUAAGGUAGACAUCGGAUUUCAUAUGCUACCACCCAUACUUGAUAGAGGAAGAAUAGAAUGA